CCACACCCGGUACGAGCCAUGUAGUCGGGCUACCCUCCACCGCGAUACACGGCGGACAAUUGUUGCUUCUGCGCCCACAGGUGGUACAUCUUCAUCUUCGAUCUUCGUCCUGGCUGGACGUCUUGCCGUACGCUGGUCCGGGCCAGCCUAGCAGCCGCGGGGUUUAGCUACCAUCGGCGCUAGCGGCCGAUCCGCCCGCGAUAUCCCGGCCCGUGUCCGUGCACGGGUGCAUGGGGGUAGCAGUCGUCAUGGUCGCCGCGGGUUUACGUGCCUCCGUUUGCGUGUGUUCCCAGUGAGAAUCGUACCGUCGACGUGUCCCCCCUCGUCUGCGUGCGUCUUCGCGAGAGUUCGCCCACCGGCUGACGGGACGACGGAUCACCAGCAGCAGCAGCGGUGGCAGCAACCCGGACGAGUCAGCAACGAAAGAGGGAGAACGUGUUACGCGCUGGCUGCUGUCCGAGGCUGAGGAACAGCCGCACGAGGGCAGAGUUGUAGCCGCGUGAGGCUAUCGUUUCUACGUGUCCUCCCUACCCUCUGCCUCCGAGGCUGCCACCCUCCGACUCCCCCCUUGGUCCGAUUAGCGGCUCGGUUUCCCGAAAAAAACGGCCGCAGGAAAAACACGACGGAAGGUGGAAGACGGACGCGCCGCGAGACGGGGCAAGGAGGACCACCGACCAAAGGAGGGGGGAGGGCAGAGAGAGAGAAAGAGAGAGAGAGAGAGAGUUAUCGACAAACACGCGUAAGGCGACAGCGCACACGUACGGAUACACAAACAUCGCGGACCUGUUGUCCAACUUGUUGCUCGUCCCUGCAAAAGGCACACACCCGCCGCCCCACCUUCCGCGACAGACGCCGACGGAGUUUUUCGAAAAGGAACGAUCGUCGGCCGGCUGCGGGCUGAGAUUCCACCGAAGACGCCGGCGACAGGGUAGCUUCGGCUGGCCGGGUUCGCGCGAACCUGAUGAAUCCUCGGCGGAGACCACCUGGACUGAACGAUUGUUGCUACAUGCUUAAGUUUUCCGCGAUCGGAUUCUGAGACUGCGACGCUACAGGAGGACUGUUCGUCGGAUUUUUAUCUUCUUCGAGAGCUAGACGAAGAGCUGGAUCAGACGUUAACGACUCUGCCGAUUGGGACCGGGUUCCUCAGCUGUGUUAGCGAAGUUCGAUGGAUAGUCGAGAUUGAACACCGGAUCGUUUUCGAGAAGUGUCCGAUUGGUUCGGAGAAGCUAGGGAGAGGCUAGUUCAGGUGAAGACUGAGGGUGCUAAUCGGGUGUCCGGGGACUGAUCGCAUGUGGCUCGGCCAGGCAGGGUUUGGAAGCCUUCGGUGCGGCGACGAGAUGAGGGUAACGCGGAAACGGACACGCCCGACGACCACGGUGCCGGAGGACAGCCUGGCUGACGGAAUGGAACGUCGCUGGGACCAGCCGGGCGAGUAGAGUUUAGCUGCCAGGCACGGCCGGGGAGACUCGGUCAUCAAUAAAGACUUAUCAUUUACAAUACCGAGGGAGCGGAAAGCUGAGACUGGAAGGCUGAACGUGUAAAUAAUCGUAAUCGAGUUGAUCUUGAGAUUUGUACAUACGAGCAUAAAUAUUCUAUAAGGAAAAUGAACGGAAAUCCUCGAGCAACGCCGACGCGAGCGGACGUCCCGACGAAGGCGUCAGCGUCGAAGGGUUAGGGUAAAGGAGCACCGGACGAUCGGGAUCGUUCCAGUCUCUGUUUCCACGCGAAACAGCCGAAGGGGGAACAGGGGGACAGGGCAGAGGUGAAUGAUCGAGGAGGCUGACCGCUCGAAUCGUCGGGAAGCGUGUAGCUGACGCGUUAGGUGUAGCGCGUAGGGUCGUUAUGACGUAAUCUUCCACCCGUGAAUACAACGAAAGCAAUACUACAAACAAGGUAAACAAACUAGAAACAAGAAGAGAGAGGACAAGCUGAGAAUUUAAGAAAAAAAAAGAGAAAGCGACGAGAAAACUCUUUCUCGUCCUGGAUCCCCAGCUGCAACGUUCGCGAGUUACCAAAACGGACAUCCUCGAAACUUCGAACGCUCGGAUCUACUCGCUCGCUCGCUCGCUUCGCCGAAAGAUAUUUUAAUACGAACGUAUAUACACACACGACGCAUAUACAACUCGCGUAUAUAGGAGCCGACUAGCUAUAUACACGGACAAGGGACUCGUUCGCGAGAGAGGAGCCGAACAGCCGCUGUUUGAUCGUGCAACGACAUCUAGAAUUAAAAUACCAGUGGUGCCCGGCGCGUCGAGGUGUAUAACCUGCGCGGAGUCGGGACCGACGUUUCAACUGGGACCUAGAGAUCAUUAUCGAUAGAACGCUCCCCUGGGCAGAGCAGCUAACAAUCCGGAGCGAUCCCAGGCAGCUUCGUCUAAACCCGCCGGAGCUCGAUUGGUUAGGUCGCGCCGGCGAACGAAGAGGAGGAUGCAGCGACACGUGGGCAGGAUCGGUUGAAGGAUCGAUCGGAGGAUCGAGAAAGUCGGCGCGAUCCUGGUGGCCUCCGCGGAGACCACCAGGACGACAUUUUUCGCUGGACCUCGAGAGGCUGACACGAGACGAGCGGAAAAGACGAUCGGCCUGAAGCUGUCUUCUGUGUACAUACCCGGUGUCCUUAGGGUAAAGGCGAGCUCCGAACGGAUCCCUCGCCGAGACGGAAGGACCAGCGUCUUCUUCUUUCCUUCCGUCGAGGAACAGGGUUAAUAAGUAGAUCGGACGACAGAGCCUCGCGCUGACUGAUGCACCCUGCGACCGGUGAACGGGGUUCAACGGGGCGAGGAGACGUCCGCCGGUAGUGGCCGUGAAGAGAGUUUCCCUGGGUGGCUAACGGAGAGUUCACGGACAGUCGAAGGCAGCCAAGAUGCCGCGGUGUUAUAUGGUGAAGAAGGCCCUGUGCAACAAGUAUGUAAGCAGCGUUGCCAGAGGAUUCGAGAGCUGGGGUCGCGGCAGGAGCACGCCAUCGCCAACCACCAUGCAGAUACCAGUCUCGCCCAUAGAAGGGAGCGUUGCACCCCCUGUUGCUCAAGAAUACCUGAGCAGCCAGUCGCAAGAGAACAGCCCAACAGGAACGAGAACACCCGAGCAGGAUGCGUGCAAGGAAAAGCCAAACGAGCCGAGCAGCAUGGCCGCGGUUUCUCCUCUGGCGAACAAUGGGCCAGUCGCUGGAGCGGAGCUUCCGGCGGCGCGGACGGAAGCGACGACGGUGAUCGCUUGUACAACAGGAUCAUCGUCCUUGAUCAGUCCGUCGCCGACAGGCCCGACUCCCGUCGUCGAGGCCACUGCGACCAGCACAGCGACACCGUUCACGAUCCCCAGGUCGCCUUGCAGAACGACGGUGGAUCAGCAAUCGACGUCAUCGACCAUCCAUCAUUCUCCACCCGGCGAACCGUCGCCGCCUUCGAGCACAGCCACGCCGUACCACCUGGAAGACACGAGCAAUCACUCGACGACGGAGUCCAGGAUAGGGUCCAGCUGCAGCGUGAUCAGCUCCAGUCACGUGUCCUCGAUGUUCAAGGACCGUUCAGCGGCGGAGACCGAAGCUGCUCACGAUCUGCUGGAACUGUCCAGGUCGCUGCCGCCGUUGCCACCUCCCAGCGUCGCCAUCGGGCCCCAGAGCGUCAUAGAGACGCCGGCGACGGACAUCCAAGAGAUGACGGUGUACCAGCCGGACCAACCGAUCUACCAAGUGAACACCAUCGACCUGGCCAGCUCGACGGUCUACGCGCACCAUCAGCAGCAACAGCCGUCCGCGGCGAGCAUCAUCUACGAGCCUAGCGCGACGAUAGUCCAGCAGACGGGGAGCGUUUUCAUCCCCCUGUCGCCUGUCCAGGAGAUCCUGCUGACCUACAGCGCGCCAUCCAUCCCCUGCACGCCUAUCGUAGCUCAACAGCCGCUGCAACCACCGCCGCAACAGCAGCAGCAGCAGCAACAGCAGCAGCAGCAUCAGGCGAUAGAGUCUGCGCCGCCGCUGACGCCGCCCACGUCCGAAUGCAGCAGCGAUAUUGAGAAUAACAACCCGAAUUCGCAGCCCAGUCAGAAGGACAAAGAAGUGCAGACGGUGAUCGAACAGGCUGAGGCUAAACCGGCGAGCUACACGUACGACACGCUGCUGGUAGCCGACGGUCGGUCGAAGAACAAGAAGACCGCUGCUAAUCAGAAGACGCCCGAGGCUGAACCUGUUGAAGCGCCUGAGACUUCGAAGAUCGGCCGAUACGUGUGCUGCGAGUGCGGCAAGCAGUACGCGACCUCGUCGAACCUGUCCCGGCACAAGCAGACGCACCGCAGCAUCGAUUCCCAAUCGGCGAAGAAGUGCAUCCACUGUGGCAAGGCGUAUGUCAGCAUGCCCGCCCUCGCGAUGCACGUGCUGACGCACAAGCUGACGCACAGCUGCGGCGUCUGCGGGAAAAUGUUCUCGCGACCUUGGCUCCUGCAAGGCCACCUGCGAAGUCACACCGGCGAGAAGCCGUACGGUUGCGCCCAUUGCGGCAAGGCGUUCGCCGACCGCUCGAACCUGCGCGCCCACAUGCAGACCCACUCGGCGGACAAGAACUACGAGUGCCACAAAUGUCACAAAUCGUUCGCCCUCAAGUCAUACCUGAACAAGCACCUGGAGUCCGCCUGUCAGAGGGAGAACGACGACAGUAGCAACGACGUUGACACGCCGGUCUAA